AUGUUUGUUCAAACAGCUAAUCCCCCAUGUGAUGGUGAAUGGUCACAAUGGUUCGACGAAGACAGUCCAGAAGAAGGGAUUGGCGAUUUAGAAACGCUAGCAACACUAUGUGAAAAGACGUGUAAACGACCCAGCGCAAUUCAAGCCCAGACUAUUGAUGGCAUACCAGCUGAAUUAACAGGCGAUGUGUUACUCAGCAAUGAUAUCAUUAAUGGAUUUGCUUGUUUGAAUGAAGAACAGGACGAUGAGAAAUGUGAAGAUUAUAAAGUCAGAUUCUGUUGUUCUGAACAGCCAGAUUGUGACAAGUGGACAAAAUGGUUCAACACCGAUAAACCAUGUGAAGGUUUAGAUGCAGAUCGUGAAAUCACCGCCAUAAUCCAAGAUGAAUAUCCAAAUGAAAUGUUUAAAAAUCCGUUAUUCAUCCAAGUUGUUGUCGCCGCCACUGAACAACCUUCAUCAAGCACCGGGCAGGUAUUCCUACAUCACGAUGUCGAUCCUGGAUUUGUUUGUCUUGACAAAGAUCAGCCAGCUGGUGAUCAAUGUCAUGAUUACAAAGUUCGAUACUGUUGUGACGAACAACCUAAUAAACCCGGACAAUGCCCAAUGGUACCUUCUAUCGACGAUGUCCGUCCAAAAGGGUUACUGCUACUAUGACUGCCAAGAUGGAUACCGAUUGCCAGGGGAAGAAAAAAUGCUGUGCUUCUGGAUAUGUGGCACCAUUUGUAUGG